UGCAGCCUCAUCCGUGUUGUUUCAGGUUUCAGGCCCGCACAUCAUCGGGUUCCAAGCAGCUCCGUUCCCUUCCCACGGAAUCCAUGUCGGGGCGAGGCCUGGCUCUUCGGUUACUCACAAAAAGUUUACCUUGCUGAUUGCCAUGGUCCCGUCGUUGGCUGCAGUGUUGCUGCUCACCACAAGUUGGAUUCUUGGCCAACAUCCCCCAUCAUCGACCCCCGCUACACGUACGCAUACACCAGGCAUGAAUCGGAUUACGUGCAAACUCGUGAACUACGCGGAUCCAGCGCAAGGUCAGAACCUCGUUCGACUUUUGAAUGCUUACGCGAUGGAUCCCUUGGGCGGUGGAACUCCACUUACUGAAACCGUGCAGAAGAACCUCCCAUCUCGACUUGGCGCCGUUCCGCACGCGUUUAGCUACAUUGCUUACUGUGGCGAGGAGAAUGGUGAUACCGGAACUCCCGCUGGAUUGAUCAACUGUUUUGAAGCCUUUUCUACCUUUGCCUGUCGUCCUUUGGUCAAUGUCCACGACGUUUUUGUCCUUGACGAAUUCCGAGGCCAGGGAGUCAGUCAAGCGCUCUUGAAAGCUGUUGAGCAAGAAGCUCAGAAACGUGGCUGUUGCAAGCUAACUUUGGAGUGCCUAAGCAAGAACCAAAUUGCAUUGAAAGCAUACGAGAAGAGUGGUUUUGGCAGCUACGAGUUGAACCCAGAACACGGCGUGGCGCUAUUCCUAGAAAAGAAGCUAUACUAAUAAGUAGCAAUUGCUUGCCAGUCUUUGUGUGCUUAGUAAAAUGCAGCCAACAAAUGAUAACCAGACUCCUCCGAUGAAUGGUCUAACUAAGUACAACGAAAGGAUUCGAAUCUUCCAGGUAUGUAUAACACGGGCUGUAUAAAGUCACCUUUAGAAAUAGGACCAAAUUCUGAGCAGCUCAGACAGUCUGCCCAACAAGCCAACCACAAACCAAACCAAUGAAUAACCCACCAUGCAAUGAAG